UUUUUUUUGUAAUAGAAAAAUCUUAACUUUCACUUAAAUCAUCGUUGUCAGUAUAUGGCUAGAUGCAAUGCGUACCAAGAAUGAAGAAAGGUUGCCUCUGGUUGUUGAACCUGAGGCGAGAAUAUAUGGGACAAACCUAGAACCGAUCAACCUUCUGCAAGCACCCUUCGAUAUUUAUGAAGAUUGUCACAACUACAUUCCUAGUGAGGAAAGACUUUGUGAAAACUGCAAUGUGAUCGAAAGACUUCAUCCUGUGCCACAAGACAUCAUUGUUGAAUAUAACAACAAACUUCCGUCCAGUCACCAAAGAAAGAUAUCAUCUUGUGAAUAUUAUGUGUUUGGAGAAGAAAGACUUUGCAACAACUGUAAUUUGCGGGAAUAUGAACAUCAGCAUCCUUUCUCGACGUCUCCAAGAGGACAUAUGCGUACUAAUGCCUUUGGCGACAUAGAACUUGGAAAUCGCUCACAACGUAGACCAAAAUAUAUUCGUGUUGGAGACUUCACAGAUACUUCUAAAGUAUUACAUAUGAUGAAAACAGAUUGGGAAUUACAAGAAGUUCCUAAUCUCAUUGUAUCAAUAAUCGGUGGUGGUAAUUCUUUUCAAAUAAAUACAAAUUUGCAUGCAGAGCUAGAACAAGGAUUGAGAAAGAUUGCUACAAAAACACGCUCAUGGAUUAUAACUGGUGGCACGGAUGCAGGUGUUAUGAAAUUUGUUGGGACAGCUUUAAAAGAUGAAAGUGAUGAAAACGUCAGGCUUUUAGGUAUCUGCACUUGGGGAGUGAUAAGUGGUCGAGAAGUCUUGGUGAACAAAGGAGGUCGUGCUUCCUACCCCCCAGAAGGACACAAACUUGUAACAGAAGACAUUGCACUAGAAAAAAACCACACUCAUUUUAUACUUGUUGAUGGGGGAAAGGUUAGACAAUUUAGGCAGGAAUUGUUUUUUCGUUCUAUGUUGGAACAGAAAAUAAUGAAAUGGCAGAUUGACUCAGCUACCAAAGGAAAUGCAAAUGUAUAUGCUGGAGAUAGCCCAACGACCGGUGACAAGCACUUUGCACCCGCUAUUCAAAUUGUAAUUGGAGGAGGCCACAACACUAUUAAACAAGUCCUGUUAGCUUUAAAUUCACAUAAAGAUAAUCCAAGUAACCUGAUUAUGCCAGUCGUUGUUGUAAAGGAGAGCGGUAGAGCAGCAGACAUCUUAGCACAUGCAUACACACUGAACUUGAGUGAAUGGGAUACACAGACGGGAGCAGGUGCUAAAGAGGAUAAAACUUUAAAAACAUAUACACAAACGCUUAUGCCAGGAAUGUCUGAUUCGGAACAACGCAGGGUAAUUUCUGACACCAAAAUGUGCAUGCAUAUGAAGGAUUAUAUAACAAUAUAUGAUCCCAAUAAAGAUGGUGAUUUUGAUGAAGCUGUAUUGCUAGCGUUGAUGAAAGUUAAUAAUCACAAAGAAGAUAAGCAUUUAUUUUCCAUUCCUCAGCUAAAACUAGCAAUGUCUUGGAAUCGAGCCCACAUUGCUCAAAAAUACAUCUUUGCUGACAAUAUUAAAAUAAGUCAAAACCUAUUUGUUGAAGAUAUGAUGAUGGAUGCCUUGACUGAAGGCAAACAUGAGUUUGUAAAGCUCCUUGUUGAUAACUGUUUUAAUAUGGAAAUGUUCCUUACACCUGGAAUACUAUCAGAACUGUAUGAUAAGACCUUUCCGAAAUUAGAGACCAUUACAAAAAAGCUAUUUUAUCCCAAGGACUGGAAAAGCGAUGCUUGCGAUAAAGGAUUAGAACUAAAAGAUAUACAUUAUGGGUUGCGAAAGCUAUUAGAAAUGGAUGUUGUUCCGCAUUACGAAAAAAAUGGUGAGCUUGAGGUCUUUAAUGAAUUAUUUAUAUGGGCCGUGUGUUCCAACUUCCACGAAUUGGCUUUAUAUUUAUGGAGUCAGGAUGAUGAAUCAUUAGCAAAGGCACUUGUUGCAAGAAAGUUGUCUAUCUGUCUGGCUUCAAAGUAUAACCAAUACCAGAAAGAAGAGGUUGCCAAUUGUUUUAUAUCUAAUGCCGAAGAUUUUGGUCAACUAGCGCUUCAAUUGCUUGAAGAAUGUGCAUUGAAAGAUGAACUUAAGACGAUGAAACUUUUAAAGUAUCCGUUAAAACGAUGGGGGAAUCAAGAUUGUAUGAGCCUUGCAGCAGCUUCUCAACUAGAAGAAUUUAUUGCUCACUAUGCAUGUCAAAAGGUCUUGUCAGAAAGAUGGAGAGGUGGAAUUUCAUUUUUUAAAAGCAAUGAAACACUCCAAGUAUGGCUUGGAAUAAUCUUAUUUCCUUUGAUACUUUAUUAUGUUGAAAUCAAUGAAGCAAAAAGUCAAUACAAUGAUGGCAAUAAAAUGAUGGCAAUAAAAAGAUGGUGGCACAAAAGUAAACUUAAACUGUCGAAAUUUUAUGCUGCCCCUGUCACAAGAUUUUGGCUUAAUUUCAUCUGUUAUUUGAUUUUUUUGUUGCUAUUUUGUAACUUUGUAACAAAAAAAUUACAAGAUCGGCCAUCUACUGUGGAAUGGAUUGUGCUAGUGUUUUUGGUAUCUCUUGGAACUGAAGAAAUUCGCCAGGUGUGUCAAGUUCCUAAUUGUAUAAAUUAUAAGCAUAAAGUGAAGGUAUGGUGGUCAAUGCAUUGGAACAAGUCAGACUUAGUAGGAGUCGUCGUGUUCUUUUUGGCAUUUGCACUUCGUUUUGCCCCUUCUUUGACAUUAAAAAAAAUAGCACACAUUGUUUACGCAUUUGACAUCAUGGUUUGGAUUGUACGCCUGUUGGAUAUCUGUGCUAUCAGCAAAAUAUUGGGCCCAUAUGUUUUAAUGGUGCAAAAAAUGACUGUGGAUGUUAUGAAUUUCUUGAUAAUACUCUCCGUAUUCUUGUUAUCUUAUGGAAUUGCACGAUAUGCCAUUUUACUCCCUCAAGAUGAUUUUUCAUGGAGUUCAUUUCGACAUAUGAUCACAAUUCCAUACUUCGAAAUGUAUAGCGAAGUGUUCUUCGAGACUACCGCAAAGCAGAAUGAGACAUUAUUUGGUACACGCUACGGAGAGGACAGUUCUUAUUCGCAACCGAUCGUGCUCUUCAUCUUGGCUGUUUAUUUAAUUUUAACGAACAUUCUGCUGUUUAAUCUAUUGAUUGCGAUAUUCAAUAACACCUACAACACUGUUCAAACAAAUUCUGAGCGCAUUUGGAGAUUCCAGCGUUACUACCUUGUUGACGAGUAUUACGGGAAACCUGCUUUUCCAAUUCCAUUAAUCCUAAUCAAUCACUUUGAAAUGCUCAUUAUGUGGCUCAUAUCAAAAUGCAAAGAUAGAAAUAAAUCAAACACAUACAAAAAUGGGGGAAAAGAUGAAAGCGUCUAUGAACUAUUAAGACUGGAAACAAAGAGCAGGUUUUGCUGCCUAGAGAAAAGAGAGAAACGAAUUCUUAAAAAUCCAGACGAAAAACUUGAUUACAUCAGAACCAGGGUUGAAAAGGGAAAAGAACGUCUUAAAAAGACAGAAGAUGAACUUGUAGCAAUAAAGGAAACCUUGAUCCACAGCACAAAACUUAUAAAUAUAUGUUUAAAACGCAUUGAAAACAAGCCUUUAGCUGCAAAAAAAGUUGUAACGCGGUUAUCCUCAAAUCGAGAUAGAACAAACUCGAAUGCCAUGCUGACGAAACAAAUGCAAAAACUGCUAACCAAGGCAAUGGAUCAAACAGAUGGAGAACGCGUAAAUAAACCAAAUUCACCUUGUACGCCGUCUGCACCAAAAGAAGAAUCUUCUCACAAUAUUUUUACUCGACAAUCUCUAACUAGUUUGAAUGAAGAAGAAAGUAACGAGAGAUGUCAUGUUUUGUCAAGAUGCUCUCGUUAUCCAUGCUCUGAAAUUAAACGUGUCACUGUUGAUGAUCGUUUCGUUAGCUGGAAGGUACCACUUCUUGAUUAUGAACCACAAUGGUAUAUUGCACCUAACGUUUUGCCCGGUCUACCAGAGGUUGACGGAGAGUUUGACAAAGUUGAUCAUGCAGUUGGUUUGCCUUUAAAUCCUGUAGGGAGAACAGGUCUUACUGGGCGUGGCUUGCUUAGAAGCUAUGGUCCAAAUCACAUCACAGAAGCUAUAUUUACCAGGUUUAAAGAUUCAGUUGAUCCAGGAAAUGACAGACCACAAAUGGAGGUUUUAGUUAUUGAAAGAGACAUAGAAGAAUUUUAUCUUCCUUCGGAUAUGGUGACCGAAAGUAACAAACCUAUAGAUCAACUUCCGCGUAUACUACGGGAGUUGUUUAACUCAAGGACAUUGAGGGACCAUCAAGUUAGCGACAAAAGAAUUUUCAGUACUAUGGCAGCUCUGAAUGCUGUUAUUAGAAAUCGCAUCGAGGUAUUUCGUGGUUACUUGGACGACCAGAGAAACACUGACAAUGCUUGGAUAGAAACAUCCGUAUACAACUAUAUGAGUGAUGAUAGGGGCAAUUCUUUUACUGCUUUUUUUAUCCCUGAAGAAAAAGCUCAAAAGUUGCAUUUAAAAUGGGUAGAUAUGAACGAGAACACUCCUCUGAUGAACGAUCGAAUUGCGUACUUAGAAUUUGUCGCAAAAAUACAUGGUGCAGAUUUCAGUGAAAACGACGAUUACUGUUUUCCGUAAAUGCGAUUAGUGAUGGGCAUAGGUGUCUUAGUGAUCAAUUUGGACAUUAAUUGUUGUUUUUGUUGCAUAUAUAACUUUGUCACAUUUAAAGAAAAAACCUGUUAAGGAUCGACGUGAAAUGGCCAUGUUUUAUAAAAGGUACUAAUAGAAUUAAAGGAUUCAGAAUUUUAUUUUUUUAUUUUAUUUCUUCUGUUCUGUAAAGUAUGUUAAUAACAUAACACACAUGAACUUGCUCUUAAAAAUGCUGGACUAGACAUUAAUAUUCAAUAAAUAUUUAUUUAAUUCUAGACAUAAUAUUUUUACAAACUGCUGAUUUUGAUUAUUUCUUACAAUGGCGGAACGACAUCAAUUAGCUAGUAAUUUGCAUUCGCUAGGCUGCAAAGGUAUUUACUUUUAUGGCAGUGUAGGUCGAGUAACUAGCAUUAAAAACGCACUGGAUGCACUGUCAACACAGUCAGCAUUAUGGAACAAUCCGCUCACCCAGGGUUGGUGACGUGGGCUAAAUUUAUUACUCUUUAAAUUUUUAUAUAUAAACAAAUAACCUAUAAUUUGAAGUUUGAAGUGUGAUGUGAUCAUUGACAAAUGCAGAGUGGGAGUUAUAUACAUAGAAACUGUCUUUUUAAUGGAUUGUGGUUAAAAGCUCUGAAAAACUAUAAUAUAUGUCCUGAAUUGUACAUUAAAAGGAAUGGGUUAAUUAAUUAAUAAUUUUUUUAAUUAAUAUUGAGCUGUACCGUACCGUUUUUAGAAGUUUGCAUUGGGGUGGUGUUGGUAUAGAAAAUCAUAAUUUUAUAUAUUAUCCAAUAUUCUAACUAUUGCUAGGUUAUUUGUGUACGGCGUUUAAAUACAACUUCUUUGUAGUUAUUAUAAAGUUGUUAUUAUGUUACCUUAAAUUGUAAUACUGUACCCAACAUUUUACCAUCUCUAUAAUAUUACCCUUCGUCUGUUCGUCUGGCUCUGCGCAAAAUGGUACCGCAAGUACAGGAACAUCCGAAAUGCGGUAAAUAAAGACGGGCGACCCCGUGGACUUAUCCACGGUCCACUGACUAUUCUUUAUUAUAAUACUCGUUGUCUGACUGUGAACCAAUCCAAAAACCGGGUAAUUUUGUAGGAGCAUCAAAGACGCCAACAUGUCAAUAUUUUAAUAUUUUGUUACUUUUGUGAGAACAUUAAAACCACAAGCAGCAAUAUUAACUUAGUUUCAGAGCAAUGAUCAGAACAAUCUGAAACAAUAAGAACUUAAGCCACUAAAGAAGCUGAUACUCAGUAAACACAAAGACGUCUUAAAGACGUCUUUUCUCGUCUCCAGCUCGUUCGGACGUCCUUCGACCAGAAAAAGACGUGUUAAAGACGUCUUUAUUUGGUCUUCGUUAGACCAGUCAAAUCUCGUUCGAAAGAAACGUCUUAAAGACGUCUUUGUUUGGUCUCCGUAAGACCAGUUAACACAGUUAGCACAGAUAGUAGUUUACAUUAUUAAAUCAUAGUCUUUAAAGAAUUAGUUAUAAUGACAAAAUAAAUAAAUAGGUGUAUUAUAAGAAAUUUUUGUACUUCUUUAUGUUUUGGGUUACUUGGAAUGUGUAUAAUAUUUCUGCUGACAUCUCUACAUUCAUACCCCCGUACCGUGAAAGUUCGCGCCUUUUUCAAAAUAUCCUUUCGGCGGAUUUUUUUCAAGAUUUUCCGAAACACCU